CUUUAUCCAAGCAAAGGGACCGCCUCGAGCAUGCAUUGCUGUUGUUAACUUUUUCACAUUUCCUUCUGCUCUCUAUCCUCUUCAUACAUUCGUACAUAAAUCUUCCGACAAUUUAGCUUUGCUUUUAAUCAAGGCUACUUCUUAGGAAGCUGAUACAUCAUCUCCAAGUCUCUUUUUGUCCUUGCUGUACUCAUCAAGCACAGCAAGCCGCCCCUAACAAAUCAACCUCUCUACGCGUCCUUUAUAACACAUCAGCACAUCCUCUCUUCAACUCUUCAACGCGUUAUCCUGAUCCAGGAUACUUCUAUUUGAAGCCCUGUUUGAAUCGUUCAAAGUUUACCCCCAUAUUGUAUUGCAGCUCAUGUCUCCUUGCUCUUCACGUUUCAUUCUCACAUCUCUGAAGGAGCCACAUUUUCAAUCGAAAGUGUGACGAGCCUUGAGAGGGUAUACAAUUAUCUCACCUACUUUUCCGACAAGUGUGUUUUUUCGGCUUUUCUCAGCCUGCUGUUUUUUUUCUGUACACCGAACUAGACUUCAUUACAAGCAGGUAUUAACCAUAAGAGGUACUGAUAUUCUUCCUCUAACAGCAGCAAGUCCGUCAGCCGACGCCGUGGGUAGGCAUCAGCCUGAAUGGUAGACCUGACAGCCUCGCCCUAAACCACGUCUAGCUUGCAAUCGGGAAUGGAUAGUCAUAACGCAGCUUCGCUGCCUGCUGAGGACGAUGAAAUCCCUCUCGAUUCUUGUACCGAAGAAUCAGACUCUUCGGAUGUUUCCAUGUCCGACUCUGACGAUGAGGACGGCGGCCAGCGUAGCCUAUUGAUCUCGACUGGUAAUGAGCACAUUCCCAUUCAAACCCCCUUGUCGGUCCCUGUGACUGGGUCUGUUCCGGUUACACAACAAAGCCCAGACCGCUCGAAGAAACGAAAAUCCCUUGAGGGAGCAGAUUCAACGUCUCAUACAGCUCUCUCGACUAAGAAGGUGAAGCUAGAUGAAGAGAGUUGCAAUCAGUCCUCUUCUGCGACUCUUUUACCAUCAGAUAAAUCCUCUCUCCCCGCUGAAAUAUGGCAUUGUAUCUUUGCUUUUACACCGCCGAGAAGUCUUGGUAAUCUACUGUGCGUCAAUAAAUUAUUCAAUGCAUACCUUGAUCCCGCUUCUCGCUACCAAGGUGAAUUACCACCGUCUCUUUCACGGACAUCUACCCCUCUGUUGAAGCCUGAUGCUAUCUGGCAGAUUUCGAGGAGACGUUUUUGGCAGAGAAUGCCGGCUCCACUGCAACAGAAAUCCGAGCUCGACAUGUGGCGUCUCGCUUGUGGAAGGACAUGUCAAUUUUGUGGUAGGACGAAUUCCACAUCUCCGAAGUCGCCCGACGAUAGUCAUCAGAAGAUUCAAUCAGUCUGGGCAUUCGCACUCCGAUGUUGUGGGGAGUGUCUCCUGAAGAAUACUAUAAAGGAAAUCGAUAUACUCCUUUCUUCCUCAGUACCUUCGCUUUUGAUGCCAGCUCUGCCUUUCGUGCUUAUUACCAACGAGACACAUACAAUAUCGCCAGAUGCACUUCAGAAAGGACUAGUGCAGCCGGACUUGCAAGUGACGAAGAUUUACCUCUCCGAACAUGUAGAGAGCUUGAAACAAGAAUUCCUUUCCGUCAAGUCGAUGGGCGGGGCUACAGCAGAAGAAUGGUUGAAAGGCCUUGAGUAUCGAGGAAGGGAGUUGCUCGACGAUUCGAUGCGAUGGGAGAAAUGGGCUUCGACUGGUGGAGUAACUCAGAUGCAGACUCAACUGUCUCCGGAAAACAUCUCAAACGUGACUACGACCAGUGGCAAGGGACAGCAUUCAGCGAACUCUUCACAGGCACCUAGGUCUCAUUCAAGUUCAAGUAGCAUAGCUGGACAACAUACACCUAGACCAGCUCAAACCACACCAACCGACCAAGUAUCCCAAUCCACAUAUCUACCUCCUGGUAUUCCUAUACAAAAUGAAUCACAGGCUCGCACGCCCUCGUUGGUGCAGGGCGUCCAGCCUAACCUACCUCGCGCUCGAACCCGCGAGGAGGCUUUGGAGCUCAAAGCUGCACGGCGUGGGGAGAUUGAGCGACGGGCGAUGGAACUUGACCCACCGUUAACAGCAAAUGUUCUGGCGCAUAUUCCGUCUUUUCAGGCAGCUAUUCAGAUUAUCUCACCUCUUGACGACAACGCGUGGGAUAUGCUCAAGCCGCGUUUACUUGCACAAAGAGCUGACGCUGAACGAGAGCAACGCGAAAAAGAAGACUUGGUGCCCCGUAAAGCCCCAGAUCAGCCCGAGGAGUAUCGCGCUGUUGGAGAGAGCAGUGUGGUGACUAAGCAGCUUAUUGAUAAGACAUGGGAUGAAGUACAGGCGCCCUUGCGCGCCCAAAUUUCAGCAUAUGCUGACGAAGUCAUUCGAAACCGCUGGAAAGAUGGGCAGAAGGUUGAUGCCGAGACUAGCCCACAAUUCGCUGCUGACGUUCUUGUUCAAGUGCGCAAGAUGUUUUACGCAGAGAUCGCAAAGGAAUCUGCUACAGCACGCGCUACUGGCCGUGAAGUCACCGAAGAUCCACCAGAAGGACCGUUUACAAGAAAGCUCACCCUUGAAAACAUGAAGUGGCUAUUUGAUGUCAAGAUCAAGCCUCAUACCGAGUCAUAUCGGAAGGAUCUUUUUUAUUGCAACGGCUGUGACGUGAACCUGAAAGCGUUUGGAUUUGAAGGUGUCAUCCAACACUAUGCGGCUAAACAUACGAAUGCUCUUAGCCUGGGGAGUGUUGUAGUCCAUUGGCGUGCUGAAUGGCCGGAGAUUCCGCCCUUUAAGUCCGAACCUCAUGCAAUGAAGGCUGCACACCCACCGAUCGGGCCAUCCUACGGAACCUUGCAGUCUCACAAUAACACAUCUCGCUACCCUGGCUCCGGUGCUUAUUCUUCGGCUCCGAAUCCGCCAUCAUUUCAAGUACCUCCAUAUGGUCCUGCUUCAACACCUGGCUACGGGCAUACAGCGUAUGGGCCGAUGAUACAGCAGCCAGUUCCGCAUGAUCCAAGAAAUUUCUAUCCCCCGGGACCCCCGGGUCAACAUGAGUAUAACGCUUCGUAUCCCCCUCCGUCGAUAUACAAUCCGCACGAUACAGCUUACCAUGGCCAACAGCCGCCUUAUCCUUCUACAGCUCACGGCGGACCACCAUCCCAUCCUCCCGCAGCAGACGCCUACUAUGGCCAAAAUCACAAUGCGAGUCAAAAUCACUCACAAGUAAAUUUCUUCGGUCAUUACAAUAACUCGCCAGCUGGCAAAUACCACGCCGAGCUUGAAUUCCUGGCUCGAACUUCACGUGAAUUAUGGAUUUCCAUGGCCGCCUUGAAGGAACUUCCCGGCGACAUCCGGGUAUGUGUUGUCAUUCAUCAUCUUUUGCAAAGAUUUCGAUCCAAGUUUUCCGAUAAUCCAUCAUUAGCCAUGUUCAUUGAUGGGCUCUCGAAUCACAAAGAGAUGCGCCCAGUACGCAAUGUUAAUGGUCUUGUAUGCCAGGCAUGCCAUCUUAGUCUCGGUGAAGGGGCACCGGUUGUUCAAGAUCGUAGAACAUACUCUCUUCCACAGCUAGUUAGUCAUUUUCAGCAGGGACACGCCAACCAGCGACAAGCUGGGAGUUCACACUUCCUCGACUGGACUAUUCAUAUGAUACACACACCAGACUUAUCCGUAUUAUCUAGCCUCGGGUCUUUACCAAACAUAGACAAUCAGAAGCUUUCACUCAUUCUAGACGCUUUUCCGCCGACGCAAAGUUUCAACAGCUACCUACAAGGAGCGCCUCUUCCCGGUCCUCAGAUUCCCCAACUCGGCGUCGGCACCGCUACUCUAACCAGUCAACAACCAACUUACAACACAGCUGCUUCGCAGUUUAAUUCUCAAUAUGACCCGUUAUCCCUACACUCUACAGCCAGGCACGAUUCAGUCACGCCCGUCAUACGAGAUCCAUCGCAUGCAAUCAUGUCAAACCCAAGGCUAGACCUUGAUCAAUCGACACCAAUCAGCACCCCUCCUUUACCACCUCAUCAGAAGCCUCAGCUAGGCGAUUUUGGUCGAGCAUUAUCGGAGACACGGCAAGGGUCCAGUGGGCCAAGACUCAAAAAACAGAAGGGGGUUACGAAGGAUCAUCGAACAGCCUCGGGCCAAGGUUUCAGAAAUCGAAAGGGUGGUGUAGUGCCUCCCUCUUCUCGACCUAAAUCGCAAGAACCCAAUGAAGAUGAGCUAAUCACAGAAGAAGAGCGACGUCAGGAAGAGGAGAUCCGAGCAAUGUGGGCUGCAGACCGUAAGGAGACGGCUCGGUUUGCUUCGAGAAACCAACGUCCUAUUGGUGCAAAUGAGCCUAAUAUCUCGACGAGCCUUGGCGCAGAACGCCCAAGAAGUCCCUACAAUCAAGUUACGCAGAUGAUUGGAUCAUCGGCUUAUCCGAUCCAACCCCAAGGCUAUCAACGGUCUAUGGGAAUUCGGGAACGUGAAGAAGAUGAUCUAAUAGCUGGUUUAGAGACCCAGCUCGAUCAACAACAAGUAUCAACUAGGCAGUUUAGCUAUCGAUCAAGACCAACCAGAGAGCUUAGCUAUGGGAGAGAGCCUCCUUAUGGACAACAAUAUGCGGACCCCGAGCAGCGAAUAUAUCCUAACCAGAAUCAGACAUACGGCCAAGUCCGUCCCGUAUCUCCUGUAUAUGCUCAACAACAACAACUUGGGCUUCGCUCCAGUCAAUAUUUGGAAAGCGGCCCUAGUCCUAACUUUGUCAACCUGGCUGGUGGCGCCACACGAGCUGCUGCAGUUCCAGACGACACAUUAUAUAACCGACCACUUAGCCAGGAUUAUUAUCAUGGAUAUUCAGACGAAACCCAAGCGCGUCAGCUUGUCCCUAAAUAUACUGAAACCUACGAACUUGUUCGAGUCCGAGAUUCUCAAGGAGAAUAUUUUGUUAGACGGCCUAUUAGACUCGAGCGCGAUCAUGUUACGCCUUUACAGGAUGAGCGUGCCCCCUACGGAAGCGAGAUACCCCACUAUAGAGCAUACGAGGAUACCGAAUAUCCUAGUAGGCGACUGGAGUAUGAAUCGGCUCCCGUGCAACAGACUUACGAGGGUGGAGUUAGAGCAGGACGGAUAGCCGAGAGAUCUUAUGAACAAAUUUUGAGAGAUGAUCCUGCUGGUGAUGAAGACUAUGACCCAAGAUUCCCAGCUGCUCCGCCGAACCCCAGCAUUACGCGGCAAAUUCGUUAUCAAUAGUUACAUUUUCAGAAUUGUGGUUUCGAUAUUGAAGAUUCUUGCUUCCGGAGGAGCAUAUAAGUUGAUACCUGUUUAUGAGGCAACUAUUUCAGAAGCACUUAAACCGAAUAAAUGGUUGGAAGAUGCCGAGUUUGUAUCUUCGCAGUUUGUACAGUUUGAGCCUCAGAAGUACAUUUAUUUUUGGAAGACUUAGGAGUUAGUAAUGAUAAUCGGAAAUAAAUACCCCGCC